AUGGAAGAGCAAUACCAGGGUAUCGUCAAGUACUUGCUCUCCCAUUACUUCCUAGAUUACACCGUCAACUCGAUCGUUUCGGCGAGCGAGGAUGAGGGAAUGAAUCUGCAGAAGUUGGCACUCAACACCUUUCUGAAGCAGGAGCUCGCGCAGAAAGAGGCGAAGAAGUAUCCGUAUCUCACCAUCUUCCUCAGACUGAGUAAGCUUAAGAAUACAAACCAAAAGAUGCUAUUUAUUUAGGCCAGUUCAAUGAUUUCAUUCCGUUCAUGAACAAAAACAGCCCCAAGUCGGUGCUGUUCUACCUCAAAUACUGCUUCAUGUCGGGCGUCAUCCGUAUCAUCAUCACCAAGCAGACACUGAAAAUGUCGAAUCUCAAUGGUUAUUUCGACGUCCGCGACUUUCUCGAGUUGAAUCACUCGAAGAAGGAAGGGUACUCCAUGAAGACAAUUACCAAAUUUCUGAAAAUCAUCGCCGACAAACGCACGUGGGAAAUCGUAGUCAUCAUUGACGGUAAUAAGAAUUGAAACUUGAAAGCCAAUCAUGAUUAUUCUACAGAUGACGUCGAGAAAGACACAAAGUUCCGUCGGCAGCUGGACAUCAACGACAAGAUCUCGCACUACGAAGACGUCCAUCCGUUUACCAGCUACGAGACCAAGUUCAUCCACUUGAGAAUCAUGAACCAGCACAGAUACUACUAA